GUCAUUGAGAAAUGCGGGUCGAUGGAGGAAAUGGAAUUAUGAAUGCAAUUGAAUUUCAACCUUUUCCAAGGAGAUUUGUGAAUUGAUGUAGUACAUGUAUGAAGUAACACAAGUCAUCCAGUUUAGCAGUAGAAAAAGAGUGAAACGACAAAUUAAAGAGAAGUGCUCAGUAAACUGUACUUGCAAGGUUUAAGGAUCAGUGAUUAUAUCCUUAACUUUGUGAUUAUUUUCGGCUGUGCACUUUACUACAGCAAAUAUAACUUCACUGUUAAAAGCUUUUCAUAUGAAUGACUGAACCUAUGACCUCUGAACUGUCAGAAUUUACACAAAAUGGCUGAUAGCAAACCACCAUUGUCAACUCAAACGUCCAGUCAGAAAACUGAUCGAUUGGACUUUGAUAAUGAUUUUGGUGGGAAAAGUACAGCUAGAAGUAGAAGUGGGACGCCACAACCAAUAAGUGAUCUGGAAGAGGGAGAAAUAUCAUGUGAUUCAUCUGAUCAUGAAACGAUCGAGGAACUGAAUGAAAAACGGAAGUUACUGCAGAGCAUUUUAGAAGAGGAGAAUAAAAAAACCACCAGUGUAGAGAAAGAAAAAGACCGAGAUCGACAUGAAAGGACAUAUAAUGAAGAAGAUAGGAAAAGGCCUUAUGUGGAGAAAGGGAAGAUAAGGGAUCGUUACGAAAAGUCAACAGAAUCCAGCUUGAAAUACAGUCCUGUAGCACCACCCACUCUUGGAGGCUUAUUAGCUGAAUGCAAAAAAUCAAAAGGGGAAAAGGUUGAGGCUAAAAAGGCGCAAUCAGAUCAAAAUCCAAAAUCAAAACCCUCUUUACAUAAUGAUAACAAGAGGAAUAGAAGUGAACGUAGAAGUGGAGAACAUAGAAAUAGAACUGAACGCCAUAGUGGGGAAGACAGGACAAGACCUGAACGUCGAAGUAUUGACCAAAAAAACAAAAAUGAGAAAAAUCAAGAUAAAGAAGAUACUAGGGAUAAAGGGUCUGAUAAGUUUGGCAAGAAGAAUAUGAGUCCUAGUCAAAUUGAGAAGAAAGAAAAGAUGCAAGAAAAAGUUGAAAAUGGUAAAGCUAAAAUUCUGGUUAAUAAAAAGGAUAGAAUUCACAUUCUGGUUGGUCAAAAAGAUAAAGUUCAAGUUAAGGAAACAAAUAUUCAAGAUCAGGUUGGGAAAAAGAAUGGUCAAGAUGAAGCUAAGGAUAAGAAACCUGAUGAAAGAGUGGACAUAAGUGAGGUAAAUAAUUCAAAACAGUCAAAGUGCAAUGAACAGGCCAAUGAAAGCAGCAUAAAUGAUUAUGAGCAUAAUGAACAAAAGGAUAAAGGUCAAGAGGACAAAAGUCACUAUGAAAAGACAGACAACACCAUAGAUGAGAUAAUGGACAAUCUAGAGGAAAUGUCUUGUAGUUCAUCAGACCGUGACAACAGCAUAGAUGGUAAUGAUAUCAAAGACGAUUUAGGAAUGAAAAGAAAACAUUCCGACGAAGGUUCUCCUGCUAAUUCAGAGAAGAAACAAGACCAAGAUGAACGACCGACCAAAAGGUCAAAAGUUGAUCAGACUGAUGACACAUCAGACCAAAGUCAAAAACAAGAUGACCCGUCAACAGGAAAUUCUAUAGUUGAUAACACAGAUGAAAUGUCAGAUAGCAAUUUAGAUGAUUCAAAAUCUUGCCCUUUACCCCAGGAAUUCCAAAUUAUAGAUGAUUUAGGUGCAGACGAGGCAAGUAAAGCUUCUGAUGAUGAAGUCAGCAUGGGUAUGGAAGAUGGAGAGUACUUCAGUGAGGACCUGGACGAUAGUGAGAUCUAUGCCUGGCUGGAAGAAGGGGUCAGUAAAAAAUCCAUGGCAGACAAUGAUAGCGAUAAAGUAGUGCCUGUGGAUGAACGAGAAAAAUUUGUUCUUUUAGAGAAAGGAGUUGAUCCAUUUGAAGUGCUGCCAGAAGGAUGGGUUGCUGUCACACAUAACAGUGGGAUGCCAGCCUACUUGCACAAGGCCUCGAGAGUUUGCACAUUAUCCAAGCCAUAUUUCUUAGGUCCAGGAAGUGUUAGGAAACAUGACAUUCCUCUUAGUGCCAUUCCAUGUCUUCAGUAUAGAAAAGCAAUGGACAGAGACCAGCCAGACAAGGACACAACGAUUGUGGAACCAGCGGAAGACACAGAAAACCAAACCGUUCCAGUAUUAAAUGGAGAAACAUCCUCUCCCAUCAAGGAGAAUGGUAUUUCUGAAGCAGAGUCAAUUGGCGAAUCCAGUGAUGUUAGGGAAACUUCAAAUGAUGACACAACUGACCUUGAUAGGACCUUGACCUUUGAUGAUAAAGUAGGUGAAAAUAGCGGUACAGAUGUGACACAGUCUGGUGAAACAACAAAACUACAACCAGGACCACCUGUCAAAAUAGAGAGUGCUGAACAGAGGAAGAAAGAAAAUUCUCUGUCUGCAGAUGAUGUGCUAGAAUAUUGUAAAAACCUGUUUGAAUUCAAGACAGUCACGGUGAAAAAAUUUAAAACAUGGAAGGAGAGGCGGAAGCAUUUAAAUGAAAUGAGGAAACAAACCAGACCUGCAUUGCCUGCCAAUACUACACUGAUUACAUGCUCUAUAACUGCUGAAGAUGGAAGUGAAAAACCUAAGAAAAAAGAAUUUGUUUUGAAUCCUGUAGGAAAAUCUCCUGUCUGUAUUUUACAUGAGUAUGCUCAACACACCUUGAAGGUGCAACCAAGAUAUUCCUUCCAAGAAUUAGAAAAUGCUCAGAAUCCAUAUUGUGCCACAGUCCUUAUAAACAACAUAGAAUACGGUAAAGGGUAUGCCAGCAGUAAAAAGAUGGCCAAAGUUAAUGCAGCAAAAGCAACAUUGAGUAUCCUGAUUCCACAAAUGAAUAAAGUGAAUGAGGAGAUGGGAAGGGAAGAAGAUCUCUCAUUCUUUGAUGAAAUCAAAAUUGAAGACCCCAGAGUGUCAGAUUUAUGUACCAAGACAGGUCAACCUAGUCCAUAUCAGCUACUGCUAGAGUGUCUCAAAAGAAAUUAUGGCAUGGGAGAUACUCAUGUGAAGACAGAUGUAACACCUCUAAGACACCAGAAGAGUGAAUACACACUGACAGUUGGAAAGCAUAGUGUUACAAUUGUAUGUAAAAAUAAAAGAGAGGGAAAACAGAGAGCAGCACAAGCAAUGCUACAGCAACUUCAUACACACAUUACUAGUCUAGGAUCUUUACUACGUUUGUAUGGACAAACAACAGGGAAAUUAUUCAAAGAUAAGAAGAAGGAGGAAGAGUCUAUCACUGAACUUCAAACACAGACACAUUCCAACAAACCAAAUACAGCUUUACUAGAUAAACUAAGAAAGGAAAUGGUCAAAUUACAAGCACAGAGAAAAUCGUUAACUUCUAAGGGAAGUUUGCUGAUAGACAAAGUGCCAGGUGGUGUGACGAGUUUGGAUCUGUGAAAAGUCGGGACUGUGAUAAGAGUGUUGUCAUGGAAACAAUGCAAUAUAUUAAAAGAACACACUGAAAGAAGAUUUUUUUAUUAAACUGUAAACCAAAACCACUUUAUAAAGUUUUACCAAAUGAUCUAAUAGAGGUGAUGUCAGAAUAUGUUGUGACAAAUUUUUUAGGGACUUUUAUUUGAGUUAAUUUUUGGUUGUAAUAGAUAUAAAAAACACAAAUACAAAUUAAAAAUCUUCAUACUUCUUAUGCAUAUAUUUCUUCUAGGGAACUGUUUUAUUUGAAUAUUAAAUUGCAAAAAAGUAAAGUUUUUUUCACAUGAAAAGCCUAAUAAAAAAAAUAUUUUGACAGAACUUUGGCCAUUUUCCUUUUAAAAAGAAUUUUGGUUGUAGGUUGAUUUUGAGAGUUACUUCCUUUCCUCCCCUGAUUCAAGAUUGACAGUCAAAUAAUUUAUGUUUAAGUCAGGUUUUUUUUUAUCUGUAAAAAGUUACACUGGUUCAGUUCCUUCCUAUCUCCCACAUCCAUUUCAAUGGAAUAUCCUUGUACAGGAUUUAUUGACUUUUUUAUACAGUUCAAAGGUUGAUUUGGGUUUAGAGUGAACACCUCAAGAGUAUAUUAGAAUUUAACACCAUUGAAUUUCAUGGGUUAAAAUCAAUAUUUUUUAAACAAGGUAAAUGGCAUGAAGCCAAAUUUAUUAACUCCUACUGUUCAAAGGGAUAAACAGACCUUUCAAUUUUCAAGGCCAAAUAUUUAUUUUCUAGGUUAAUAUACCUAUUUUAACAGAAUUGUAAUUUGACUGAUACAGGUGUUUUUCAAAUGACCAUAAAUAUGCUUGUGUUACAAAUGAAACGCUUAUUGAUCCCAUAGGAAUGCCUCUAUAAAAUGAAGUGUUUUUUUUCUAAAUGGAAGUAUUUGGUGUCUAUGAUAUGUAGUAAAUCCCGUACUAUGAUGUAAAAUUUAUAUAUUUUAUACUUGCUUAAGGGGAGAUAAUUUUCUUUUUUCCUGAAAGGCUCAUGUGGGCAGUUGUCUCCCCAAUAUAUCAUGAGUGACUACGAUUUCUACCAAUUUUUAAAUCAAUCAGUAUUAAAUUUGGCUUCGUUUACUUCUUAAGAAUGUCCAUAACCAUUAACAAUUUGGUAUGAAAAAAAGUAAGUAUUAAGUCAAAUCUUACAUGUAAAUCCAUUAUAAAAUAUAAAAUUUCAAUCCUGGUAUCUAUGAUGAGUUUAUUUGUAUCUAAACUACGCGCAAACAAUGUUAUCUAAAUUUUAACUGGUUUAUGCAAUUUAAUACAAGUUUUUAUGGUAUAUUUGAUAGGAUUUUUUUCCUAAUUCGUUUUUAAAAAGAAAAAAAGAUCUGAGAAAUAACCUUUAUUUUCAGCUGCUUUAAGCAUCCAGUGACAAUUAAUAGCAGCUAGCUAAGAGAAAUAGAAACUAAUACUGUAAAAAUUUUGAAGGAAUGAGCAUAAAAUUCCUUCACUAUCUUAAUUUUACAUUUGUGCCAUAUUUGACAGUAUUUACUAUGUAUGAUUUUUUUUUUGUGCAGAAUAAAAAAGACACUCAAAAUGGUGCUAUAUUUAUACAAACCAUAUCACUUUAAAAUUAAAAGGAAACUUUAAAUGUAUUUUUGCUUUAUAAAAAGAAGUGGGUAAAGUAGAUAAAAAGAUUUCAAUUUAAAGUUUUAACUUUGAAAGUUUAAAAAAAAAGCAAUGAAGUGUGUGACUGUUAAGAUGUCUAAAUAAAUCAGAAAAUAUUUUUUAAAAAGCGUGAAUACAGUAAAUUCUAUAAUUUCAUAGAAUCAUGAGAUUAUGAAACAUGGCACACUAGAAAUCUAAAUGUGUGUGAGUAUAUGUAGUGUGAUUGUAAUGUGUGUAUUGGGUGUUGUUUAUAUGGUAUUUACUUUAAAAGUAUGAUGGAAAGAAUAAAUUAUAGUGCUGAUUAUUUCAUAAGAAAACAUUUUUCAUCUUAAUUUAUACACAACAUAUAUGUAUACACAUUGUUAUAUAAAUGUUUUUUGAAAAUCAGAAAAAUUAAGUAUACAUGAAAAACCUAAAUGGUAAAUAGUAGGAACAUUAUGUCAAAUAAAUUUGUGAUAAUUGGU